AUGGGGGCCCCUCGGUGGUUGCUGGUCCCUGUGCUUGUGGCUAUGGGCCGUUGUCUGGCCCCGGCUGGCCAAGAAGAUUCUGACCCCGUCCACGCCGACCCCCGGGACGUCCCUCCGCGGCCGGCCCUGCCCUGCCACAAGCUCUCCGUGAGCAACAUAGACUUCGCCUUCAACCUCUACAGACAGCUGGCUUUGAACGCCCCCGGAGACAACAUCCUCUUCUCCCCAGCGAGCAUCUCCUCGGCCCUGGCCGCGCUGUUCCUCGGAGCCCCUGCGGCCAGCAGGGCCCAGCUCCUGGAGGGCCUGGGGCUCAACCUCACCGUGGUGCCCGAGGCCGAGAUCCAGGAGGCCUUCCAGGACCUGCUGCUCCGGCUCCCCGCGAGGGGCCCCCGGCUCCUCCUGACCAUGGGCCAGCGCCGUUUCCAUGGCCUGGGCCGGGCUGGGCGGGACCCGGCGGAGGCCCAGAAAUGCAUCCAGGAGUACGUAGAGAAGCAGACCCAGGGGAAGCUUGGGGCCUGGGUGGAGGAACUCGGGAACGAAACUGCAGCCGUCCUUGUGAGUCACGUGCUUCUCAGAGCCGGGUGGGUGAGACCCUUCGCCCCGCAGGCCACCCGCCCGAAGGAGUUCUUUGUGGACGAGCACAGGACUGUGCCAGUGCCCAUGAUGCGGCAGAAGGCCCGCCACCGCUUCCUCCACGACCCCGAGCUGCAGUGCACCGUGCUGCAGAUGGACCACGCCGGGGACACAGCCACCUUCUUCGUCUUCCCCCAGCGGGGCGAGCUGGGGCGGCUGGAAGACGCCCUGCUGCCCGAAACCCUGAUCAAGUGGGACAGUUUGCUCAGGACCAGGGAACUUGAUUUCCAUUUCCCCAAAUUUUCCAUCUCCUGCACCUCCCAGCUGGAGCUGCUCCUCCCCGAGAGCCGGUGGGCGGAGGCCCCCCGGCAGCCUGGACUGAACAUCUCCAGGGUCACUCACAAGGCUGUGAUGGCUCUGGAUGAGGACGGCGCCGAGGCCGCUGCUGCCACCAGCAUCCAGCUCACUCCAGGGCCCACCCUGACCUUGACCCCACACCCGCCCCAGACACCGGGUUCCAUCGACCCUUCCUGGUGAUGACCUUCCACAUGGAAACGGGAAGCCUGCUCUUCCUGGGGAAGAUUGUGAACCCGUCGGGGUGACUGUGGCGUGCACCUGGGAGUGGGGCAGGGGACGAGUUGGCAUCCAGGGCUCCGUGGGCCCUGGGGGCCUCAGCAGGGUGCUCGGGGUUCCUUCUCCGUCUGGAAGUGAAACGGGAAUUAUUCCAGAGCGCGAUGGUGGUGGGUGCCCCCGCACAGGCUUCCCGCAGCCGCGGAGGAACCCCCGGCCGCGCGCAGGAAUCCCUUGCCGCAGCCCUC